ACUAACAAGAGGUCUCUUAAUGGACAAACAUGUCAUCAAUAACUUCCAACCGAACACAUCAUCUAACUCUGAUAGCUGCUCUUGGGGUUUUGUGUUCAGUGCUACUAUUUUUUGUUUACUUUAAACCCUCAUCUACUGCAUGUUCAUCUCGGUUGGAUGAUUUGCAAUUCUUGGCAAAGGGAGAUGUUUCCUCAUCUACCAAAAAGCCUGUGGAAAAGCCGCUUGUGUUGCUCUGGUUCUGGCCACUGGGUUUGAAAUGGAAUUUUGAAAUCUGCAAAACCCAUUUCAACAUCGAUAGCUGUGUUCUGACAGAUGACAGAUCCCUUUAUGACAAAGCAGACGGAGUGGUUGUUUUUCAAAAAGGCAUCAGCUGGGACCUGAAGAACCUGCCUCAGUCUCCUCGUCCACAUUUUCAGAAAUGGAUCUGGUUUAAUGUGGAAUCACCAACAAAUACUGCCAGAAUACCAGGUCUGGAAAACCUAUUUAACCUCACUUUGAGCUAUAGACGAGAUGCUGACAUCACAGUGCGAAAUGAAUUGACAACCGUGAAGACUGAAAAGGACAGUGAGUUUGUGCUGCCGAAGAAAGAUAAAUUGGUUUGUUGGAUUGUGAGCAACAACAAUCCUUCAACUGGGACAGGAACCAGAGCAAAGUACUAUCAAGAGCUGGUCAAACACAUCAAGAUACAUGUUUUUGGUUCUGCUUUUACAGGGAGUCGUUUGAAGUAUGAGGAGUAUUACUCAACCCUUGCUAGCUGUAAAUUCUACCUUGCAUUUGAGAAUUCAAUCCACAGAGACUACAUCACAGAAAAGGUGAACGGACCACUUGUAGCAGGAACCGUACCGGUAGUCAUGGGCCCACCCAGAGAGAACUAUGAACAGUUUAUCCCAGCUGGUUCUUUCAUUCAUGUAAAUGACUUUACUAAUGCAAAGGAACUGGCUGACUUCCUCCUCCAAUUGGACAAGAAUGAUGAGAUGUAUGUAAGUUACUUCACUUGGAGGAGGUACCUUAAUGCCAAACCCCACCUCCUGACAAUGCAGAAAGAGUUUAUUCAACCUGUUUGUUUAGCCUGUGAACACAUGGCCAGAGACAAAGGAUAUUAUAAUGUUGUCCACAACCUUUAUAAAUGGUACUUUGGAUGAGGGUUUAGACAUAAUUUUGUAAGCACAGAAAAUAUCAUUUUACCUUAGCUACGUAAACAGAAUACCAUUUUAAAAGUGUCUUCGGAUUUGGGGAUAUUUUGUUUCAAAAUAUUUGUGUAUCAAUUUAAAGGAUUGGUAUUCAAGGUUUUAGGGUCAAUUUUUAUUUACAUUUUUUAUUAAACACUUUGG